AACCGGUGUAAAGAGAACCGGUGUUGUCGCUAGUAACUCCGUCUCGGUGUAAAGAGAACCGGUGUUGUCGCUAGUAACUCCGUCUCGGUGUAAAGAGAACCGGUGUUGUCGCUAGUAACUCCGUCUCGGUGUAAAGAGAACCGGUGUUGUCGCUAGUAACUCCGUCUCGGUGUAAAGAGAACCGGUGUUGAGCGGUCCUCAGCCGGGGUCGGGUUGGUGAGCGCUGCGGGAUUCAGCAGGACUCAUUCCUGCCUGUUUCUACGACAUUUAGCUCAUCUACCAUAGUUUGUUUUCAGAUCAUUUUAAGACAGUUCGUUCCUGGAGUCUCGCAGCCUGGCAUGUCUUAUGUGAAGACAGCAGCAUGAACAUGAUGGUUAAAUCAUGUCGUGGGACAUUCUGCACAGGCCAGCCAGCUACAAUAUUGCGACAGUGAUGCCCUUCCUCUGGUUUUCACCAUCACCCCACGGUCCCCAUCAACUCCAGUGAUAUAAUCACAGGUGUGUGUAGCAGAUAAUACGCCCCUGUCCCCGGAUCAGGCCUUUUGCAUGCGGUGACUGUGAGGCAGGCCCCAUCCUGAGUCUGUACGAUGAAGAGCCCAGUGCACAGGUGUAGGGACGUGGAGAGGCAGGCUGCCUGCCUGCAGACUGAGCAGCCGUGUGUCCCUGUCUCCCAGCACAACCCCAGCAGCAUGUGGUUUAUCAGGGACGCGUGUGGCAUCGUGUGCGGGGUCAUCACCUGGAUGUUGGUGUUCUAUGCGGAGUUUGUUGUGCUCUUCGUCAUGCUGUUGCCUUCUAAAAACCUGACCUAUAGCUUAGUCAACGGGACUGUGUUCAACACUCUGGCCUUCCUGGCUCUCGCCUCUCACUUCAGGGCCAUGUGCACCGACCCUGGAGCUGUGCCAACAGGAAAUGCCACUAAAGAGUACAUCGAGAGUCUUCAGCUGAAGCCGGGACAGGUGGUCUACAAGUGUCCCAAGUGCUGCAGCAUCAAGCCUGACCGGGCACAUCACUGCAGUGUGUGUAAGCGCUGCAUACGGAAGAUGGACCACCACUGUCCCUGGGUUAACAACUGUGUGGGAGAAAACAACCAGAAGUACUUUGUGCUCUUCACAAUGUACAUUGCACUCAUCUCUCUCCACUCUCUGGUGAUGGUAGUCUUCCACUUCCUGUACUGCUUCGAAGAUGAUUGGACAAAGUGCAGUUCCUUCUCACCUCCUGCGACCGUCAUCCUCCUCAUCCUCCUGUGCUUUGAGGCCCUCCUCUUCCUCAUCUUCACCUCUGUGAUGUUCGGGACUCAGGUCCAUUCCAUCUGUACAGAUGAGACAGGCAUUGAGCGUCUGAAGGGGGAGCAGGCCAGGUGGGAGAAGACUUCCUGCUGGGAGGCAAUGAAGUCAGCGUUUGGAGGGCCCUUCUCCCCAUCCUGGCUCAGUCCCUUCUCUGACCUCCGCUGUAAGAGGGAUCCCAAUGACCACUUGGUGCUGCCGCAGGGAGAGAUCAUCGAGGACGACGUCAUAGAGAUUCCGCUGGUCUAGUGUCAUAGACUCCCAUAGAACUAGAAUGAAUAGAAUGGGCGUGGAACCUCACACCCUGGCAGGUUUGACUGGUGAACUCCUGAGUACACUUGCUAUGGAAGCCUGGUAUUGGGAUUCAUUAUGGCAUUGUUGACUUAAUAAUUAGGAGGGUGCUUACAUUUUGUCCUAUUUCAGACAUGUACCAGUGUGUAUUAUACACGUGUGAAUUGGACAUUUUAUUUCGUUUUCUGCAUAUCCCAACUCUCCCUGAGACCCCCUCGGAGUGGGGGGGUGGGGGUCUGGGCUAGGCUUUUAUAGAGAGACGCCAGUUCUAUUCAUUCUAUUUCUAUACAGACUCCACUGGUCUAGUGUGGUGUCCUUCCUACAGUGCUACUGCUGCUUGGACCAAAGCCUUAAAGGGACCCUACACCAAAUAUCCUUUUAGAAUGAGCCACAAAAUGUCCAGGUCUAUGCCCCCUGGUGAUGUGAAUGAGGUACAAGUCCCAACGAAGACGAGUUGGAUUGACCCGAAAAUGCUCUUUCAGUACUCCAGAGCAUCUCCUCCUGCAUACACAGCUCUGCAUGGUUCAGUUGUAUUGCGGGAAGACCUCUAGAAAAUGACCUGUGGACUAUGCAGAAUCUAGACAGUCCGUUGCCUUCCUCUAAUCUUACUUCACCGAGUGCCUUUUUAUAAACUGUCAAGUUGAGAAUUGACAGUUACUGGCCUUCUGCAAGGUAUGCAAAUGAGGUGGUAACCGUUUUUAACAAAAUAUUUCUAUUUGUAUUAUGUCAGAGAAUUACAUUACCUUUAAGUGUGUGUGUUAAAGGGCCUUAUCUAAACAUUCCAUUACUCAUGUUUAUUAACAUACAAUUCAUUCAUUAUCAAUGUCUUCAUCUGGAAAAUGUAGAGAGAACACAUUUAUUGAAUGAGGGUUAGUUAGGUGAUUGGGGGGUGAUAGUGAAUGGUUGUACUGUACUUUAUCCUUUUGUACAGGAUGGUUACUAGGGAGGACUUCAACAGUCAAAUGAAUGCUCCAUAUCAUGGGACCACUAUUGUUUACUUUAACAUUUUGAAUAAAAGGGAAGUUGUCGUCGAUAUCGUACUUUAUCCAUGUAUUGAUUGGUUCUGAUAUUAGUUUGACUACAGAAUAAAGAACAUGUCAGUCAGAGAUUAAGUGACAAGAUAUUUCAUGUAAAGAUUUAUUUACAGAACUCUAAUUUCAAUAAAUUGAUACGCAUUUAGUCUUACAGGUCAUUACAAUAUUGUCAAUAAAAUAUACAUCUCAA